UGCAGGCCCAUUCCUUCCAGGAAUGGUCUUAAAAUCCUUCUAUUUCCUUCUCUGUUGCUUGACUUCCUCCUUCCUCUUUUCCAACACUGUUGCUGUUGUUCUCAUGGUGAUGAUAGUGCUGUGUUUGCCUUCUGGCACAAACGUCUGCAGGAAGGUAGCUGUUUUCUGAAUCCGUGGGCAUCCACAAGCAGUAUCACCUAAGUUGUACUGUCUCAAGAAGAAUGGACCCAUGGGAACAUAGGAAACUUUGUCAAACAAGAGUGUGUUGCAUUGGUUGACACGAACUUGGAGCUCUCAUGAGGAUAGUUUAAGAUGGGAUAAUAACAAGGAAAAGACACACAUGAUAGUUGAUAAUAUUAAAGGCCCUUUGGCAUUAUUUUAUAAUGCCCCACACACUUUGCUUGCUUUACCUGCUGGAGUUUGAGUUUCCACAGACAAUGCUUUGAGAGAAAGGGAAUAAUUUAAUGUUUCUUCCCAAGACUAAGACCUGUUUGAUAUCUGUGAAUGAAUGAUUUUUCUAAAAGUCCCAUACCAAUAUUUUGUUUUCUGGCAUAAAAAAACCUCCAUAAUCACAAAAGAUUAUGUUAAGGUCAGAUAUUGUUAAGGUCAGGAUUUAAAAACACAAAGAAUGAAGGCCUCAAAAGGAUUUUUUUUUAAAUUGACAUCCAGAAAUUGUAUGAACAUCUUGAAAACAGCUUUAGCCACUUGCAAGCACCUGUGGUAAAGUAAAAUAAGUUUCCUUGAGUCUGAAUUUUACAGAACGCUUCUUCCUUCAUACUGGAGACAGUGUUCCUCUGAGUGAUGGCACCAGAAAGAUGUGGAGGACCAGCAAGGAAAUACUGAACAUAUAAGAUAUGCAAGAUUUAUUUUAUUAACACUGUGCACAUAUCUUGGAGAGUGAAGGAGCCACUAUAUCCUUGUUGUAAUAUCUCAUCCUAAUCGCAGUGGCUGUGCUUUAGCUGUCUUUGUGUAGCAAAUGGAGAAGGAAAACUGCUUCAACCUCAUCUAUCCCAAUACUGAAAAAUAUGCUGGUUUGCUUCCAAAAUAAAGUUCAACCAAGGGCCACUCGAGGGUAAGACCCUGUUCAACUACAAAAUAAUCCUUAGGUUGGAACCCACAGAAAAAUGCAUUUUGCAUCUCCCACUAUGGCUAAAGGAACUCAAGACACUUGGUAAAGCUCAUUACUGGGCCCAUAAGCAAAAAAAUCAAACUCUAAAAUAAAAAAUUAGACAAUGCCGCUCCCCUGUUUUUGGCUGUGGAACACGUUAGUCUGAAAUUAAAGCAAUAACAUGUUUCCAAAUUCAAUGUCCAAACCAUCAGAUAACUGGAACUUCUGGGCUUCUUCCCUUGUAAAAUAGCAUGCAAGUUAAAUCUGAAAUGCCUGUAUUUUAUAUAGACUACGUUUAAAAUGCAAACAUGUAUAAAAAUGUUACGAUGUACAAAACUCUAGACAGCUAUCCUUAUGCUAUGCAUCAAUUCCAGAAAACAACUGGAAAUCCCUUGGAAAGUUUGAUGUAAUUACAUCUGACUGUAAAUCUUUGACUGUUUUAAUAUACUCAGGUGACCUAAAUAACAUUACGCAGAAAAAAGAAUGACUUUAAAGUAAUUAAGAAAGAGUAUUUGUCUCAAGAUCACUUUCUCUGAGAAAUGAAUGCUCUGAAAAGUCCUGUAUGCCUUGUUCUACAGCCAUAAUCUUUGUAUUUCCACAUUGUAAAUACUCCAUGGUAAAUUGCAAUGGAAGCUCAGCUUGGCUCAAGUUCUCCUGGCUCUAUGGUACUGCUUCUUGGUUAAGGAACUGGAUUUCAUUCUCAGUUUUUGUCAUUCUAUGCUUUAAUUUACAGAUGAUUUAUAUGUGUCCUCUGCUAGUUUAAUGGUGACUUUUCUUCAAUGUGAAUUUCUGUCAUGCUCAAAUAACUAAUUUACAGACACAAGGGAUAUGUUGCCAAUCGUCCUUUAAAAUGUCUCUACCAAACACCCUUUCAAGAGGUGUAAAUGAAGAUGAUAGAAAAUCCUGUCAGCAAUUCAAAUGAGAUUUGCUUGAACUGAGUUGCUCCUUUCCUCUGGUGUUGUGCCAAGCAAGUUGUCUGAGCAUGGCCUGAAGCUGCCCUUCCUGGAUUGGCUGGCAGUGACAUGUAUUAGCUGGCUUCAUGUGCUUUAGAUGGGAGGGGAGAGCUCCUUAAAGCAUUGAAUUUAUGAUGCAGUAGUGAUACAGUAGUGCAGAUCAGCCAUGAUGUUCACGUGCAAUAGUUGCCUAUUCCUUUGCUACUUUCUGAGGGCUUCUGAGAACAAGAGCAGGUAGGAGUUAGUAACAGCCUGCAUGAAUUGUGGUCAGCUACGCUGAUGUGCUUGAAAAGCGCUAUUUGGCAUAUUAUGGCCCAAAUAAAUCUGCCACUCAGUUUUUGAAUUGCCCAUGCAGAAGCACAUGUGGGACCUGCUUUUUGAAAGUAAAAUUGUGAUGCCUCAAAAUAAUGCCCUGAGGCAUGGGUUAUUAGUGAAAAUUGCUUGUAGAGGGUGUUCCUGAUGUUAGAGUUUGGAUUCAAUCUUUUGAAGUCACCCUUAAUUCAAAAUAAUUAUAAAAAGCUGUAGAGCUGCUUUGUGGAAUUAGGUAGCUACAGCAAUAUGAGUCUCCGCCAAAACUGGGCGAUCAUUGUACUCAAAAUAGGAGUGUAAAAAAAGUACAGGCAGCAAGGUGAAGCUGGGGAAUUAUGACAAGGGGAGAUGAAAAAGACAGGACAGGGGUGCUAACAGUUUGAUCCUGAGAAACAGCACAGAGAAAAAUCUGAAAGCCAGAAGAGGCCUGGGAUUAUGAUAAAAUUAACCAUCUCAAAUUCUUUGAUUCUUUGUAUGUGAGGAGAUACAAUUCUAUGCUUUUCUUAAUAAAUAAAAACAUGCACUUGUAUUCUCGAUUUCUUCCUUUAACAAAGCAUUUCGUACACCAGAAAAUUUUCUUUAAACUCUAAAAUCAAAGAUAGGAAUUGCAGAAGCAGUCUUAUGGAGACUGCAUUCAACAGCAGUGCUGGACUGACAAGCAGAGAUAACAUCUUAGCUAACCUCCAGAUUCAGUCAGCCAUAAGCACAUUGUGAACCAUUUUUUUCUAACUACCAAGUUGAUGCUAUUUUUAAAAAAACCCACAUACAGAUUAUUUUCAAAUGAAGACAUUUAAGUGUAGCAUUUCAUUAAAGAAAAAAGUGACAACAUAUACUUUAGCUUUCUAUUUAAUCUUAAAUCACAUAACUAGAUUAUUGCAAUAUUCUUUAAAUUCAGAAGUCCCUUUCUCAAAUGGCAGCAAAAAUAGCUUUUCUCGUGACUGUUUAACUUCUAAGAAAGCUACGUUUUUUUGCUCUUUUAUGUCAAUCCUUCCCAUGCACUGUCAUCAUUUUACCAGGGUAAUAGUCUAUUUUCUUUCCUUCUCUUUCCCUUUCUUCAGUAUCUUCUGUAAUUUUUUUCACUAAGGGAAAAGUUCUUGAUUCUGCUGAUCAGGGCACAACUGCUUGAGCAGGGUUUUGGGAGACAGUUGUAAACUAAGACUAAAGAAGUGAUAGACAAAUCCCACAUGCUUAAAUUUCUAUUUAGGGUGAGUAGGUAUUGAAGUCGGGCUUUUACUGUGCAGAGCAGUGGACAAAUUCUUUGUCUAUAUUUACAGAUACUUGCAUUUGAGUAAGGUUGUGUAAAAAAAAGGGUAAUAUAAAAAAAAAGAAAAAUAGAAGGCUGGAGAAAAAAUCUUUUUGGCUCAAGAGUUCAAUCAUAGUAACCUAAAAAGUGACAUCAGUACAGAAAAAGAACAUUUAUGCAGGUAUUCAAACCAAUCUGUUGCUAUACAUGGUGAUCUAAUGAUCUCUUCUGGUGUGGAAAACACGACCUUACAGAAAAAGGGCUCUGCUUGAAGAGCGUGGGCCACCUUGCCUGUUUAUUGUCAAGGAGUUCAAUAUGGUCAGGGUCCCUGUGCAGUCUGCCCUACACCAAGUCUGGAUGGACAUUCAUGAAAAUAAAGAAUUUGAAACAAUCCCGAGAAAAAAAAAAAAACAUUUGUGGCUGCUUUUUUGCCUGAAGCUUUGGGUUUCUGAAGAGGCAUAAUAACCACUCCAGGAAGGUUAACUGUUUGGAGUUCAGGGAAAACUGUAGGAUGUCUAACCUGCAACCCCAGACAUCAGGCUUGUCAUCAUUUUAGAGCCAAGCUUUUGGGAGUUGUUCAGAAGGAAAGCAAACUGCCAGUUGGAAGGGGAACUCAAGCCAAUCAAGUGAGCUAUGUAGCACCUUAGACCUCACCAUGCUGAACUUAUCCUCUUGUAAGACAAUGGAUUUAAAUAAUGAAUAAUAAAAACGUGCCUCUGCCAAAAUUUUUCAGCAUCCUUUAAAUGUCUCUUUUUUCUGUACUUCUGUGAGAUUCACUCCUGCUUCCAAAGUUUUCCUGCUGCUCUAGAAUUGACAGCUGCUGAAAAGCAUAAUUAAUAUUAAUUACUAAAGAAACACAAAGGAAGGCAGAAUGAAUCUCAUCCUUACUGGACAGAAUCAGCUCUGAUAGUUCAAGAGCCAAGGCACACAGAACAAGAACAGAAAUUUCUGUUAUUGAAAAGAAAUAACAGAAUAACAGAAAUGCAUUAUUGAAAAGCUUCACUUAAGACCAAAGAUGCCUUGUGUUCAGGCUGUCUUCACCUGCUGUGUGGCAGUCUGAGGGCAGAAUUAAAAACACAGCUAUGCUUCAGGCAAGAGCUGCAUCCCUCCUGAUCUAUUCUGAAGCUGAUGAUGUGAUGGAGGUGUAAUGUUAGUUGCAAAGCAGCAAAGUGAGCAUUAGCAACAGAGGAAAACUGUGAAAGGGAGAGCUUGAAAGACAAAGAUGAUGAAUUGAAAAAUAGUCAGUUUUAUAAAACAUUGUGUAAACUUUGCUUCAUGUAUGUUCCAUAUCCUCUAUGUUUUCUUCUGACCCCUUUGUCUGCCUUGCCUCUGUUUACCACAUUUCUGAGUCCGCCAGUUUCUUCUCAGCCUCGAACCUCUGACACUGAGUUUAAUGUAAUUUCAUUAAACACUGUUCCUGCAAUUCUCAGUAAACUUUGCAUCUUCCAUUCUAAGGUUCAGUGAGAUGGCUGUAGCAGUGUAGUCGCUGUGGAGACAGGAGCACCAAGGUUUGAACAGAAUUAGUAACCAGAAAUAUUGUGAAGAUAUUUCCUGUGCCUGGACCCUGAUGGUCUUGCAGAUCCAAGUCACCAUGCUGCUGAGAUCCUGAGUACUGAAAGGCACUACAGAGGGACAUCCAUGUACCUCAUCACUGAACAGCAGGAAGGAUGUGGGAAACAGGGAAGUGACUGAUGAACAAGUGUAUUGCAGAGCUGCUGCUGUUAAAGCUUUUGAAAUGGAAAUUAUACCUGCUGAGAGAAUUGUGGCACAGAUUGGAGAUGCACUCAUACUCACAUGCAAUACUACUGGCUGUGCAUCACCAAGUUUUUCCUGGAGAACACAGAUGGACAGCCCCCUUGGAGGAAAAGUCAGCAACCACAGGACAUAUUCUACAUUGACUAUUAAUCCAGUUAGCAUUGUGAACUCUCAUUCUUAUCUUUGUACUGUCAUAUGUGAUGAGAGAGAGAAAAAAGAGAAGAGUGUCAAAGUUGAACUUUACUCUUUCCCCAGUGAUCCUAUCAUUGAGAUCAGCCCAUCCUUAGUUGCUGGAGAACCAGCCACUGUCAUCUGUAAAAUUCCUGAUGUAUAUCCUUCUGAUCAUCUGGAAGUUCUCCUAAAGAAAGAUGAACAUGUUCUUCAUGAGAAAUAUUUUUUGGAAGAUGACAGCACAAAUACAGAGACCAAAAAUGUGACAUAUACAUUUCAUCCCAUGGCUGAAGAUGCUGGAAAAGAGAUUACCUGUGUGGCCAGGCUACCAAUUGCUGAUAUGGAUUUUGAGCCCAAAGAAAGAACAUCUUCUCAGAGACUUAAUGCAAAUUUUGGUCCACAAAAUACUGUCAUUACUGCAUCUCCAGGCAACUCAGCAAUGGAAGGAGACUCUCUGAACCUCACUUGUGUGACUCAGAGUAACCCACCAGCACAAAUAGUUUGGAGUAAAUAUUUGGCUGAAGAAAACAUUCAGCAUCUGAUAAAAAACAAUGUUCUUUCUAUUCCCCAUGUCCAUUUCAAUGAUUCAGGACUGUACAUCUGUGAAGUAAUUAAUCUGGUAACUAAUAAAACAGAGAAAGCAACUGUGGACAUUAUUAUACAAGGUGCUCCAGUCAUUACAAAACUCUCCAUUGAACCUUCUACAACAGUUCAGGAGGGCGAAAAUGUUUUCAUACAGUGUUCUGCUGAAAGUAACCCUCCUCCCAAGAUUAUUUUAAGGAGAAAAUCUGACAAUGCAGACAUAGAGUCUUACAGUGCCAGGAAUAUUCUUCGUCUUCCAUCUGUGAUGUUCCAAAAUGGAGGAGACUAUGAAUGUGUAGCAGAAAAUAAAUUUGGGAACAGUAAAAGUGAAAUCACACUUAAUGUGAAAUAUGGACCAAAGAAUACAAUGAUCACUGUUUUCCCUACUGCUGCUCUUAAAGAAGGAGAAACUGUGACAAUGAAAUGUACUAGUUCUGGUAAUCCAUCUCCUGUGAUCUCCUGGAAGAAAAAGAAGGCCACUGGAGAGUCUGAGAAAAUUUCUAAAAAUGCAACUAUAACUAUACCAAACUUGAAAAGUCAAGAUCUGGGGCUUUAUGAAUGUGAAGCUUAUAAUCAAUUUGGCAAGGAAGAAAAAGCUGUGGAAUUAUAUAUUCAAGCAAGAUUGAAAGAACCAGAUCAGAUGAUACUAUUGAUUAUUGCAUUCUCAUCUGUAGCAGCAGUAGCGGUACCUGCAGUUGCAAUUUUGAUCUAUGUGUCAAGACAAGCAAAGAUCAAUGGAUCCUACAGUCUUGUAAAAGCACUCAGGUUGAAAGUGUGAUCAUGUGAAUAUAAAUCUUUAGUUGAUAAUAAGCACAUUUAUUUAUUGCUGUGGCUCGUUCUACUCUUCAGUAACAUAUGGUAACAAACAAGUGACUUAAGAACAGCACCACAUGAUAGCAAAUGGGCUUAUUUUCAUGUUUUGAUAAGUGUUUUGGUAUUUAAAUUAAAGGAAGAUCUAGAAUCCUGAACUAGAAAUUGGUAAAUCAUUUCUGUGUUGAAGCAUUCUGAACAAAGAGUUCUGUGGAGAACUAGGUUUGUACAUAGUGUAUAAUUUGUGUUAUGAAUAUGUUCAACUAAAUAUCAGUUUGUAAAACUGAAAUCUUCUUGCAAAUGUACAGAGAAAUUUUGUUAAUUCAAAGAUAUAAAUCAAUAUUGCUUGAGCUGAUCAGGUGACUUUUAUUUUGUAUUAUUCUGUAGCAUGAAUUUUUUUUAAUAUAAUUUGUCUGGUUGUGGUAAUGUUUGGAAAAUGUUCUCUUUGAUAUUGCCAUAAACUCUGUAUCUUCACUGAAGUUACACAAUCACUGGGCUAUACAUUUCUAACAAAUUUUAACUAAUUUAAGCCUUUGAGGCUCAUUUGCAAAACAUUUUAUUUUAAAUAUUAUUAAAAAAAUGUCUGGGGUUAUAAUCUAGUAAGUUCUAGGACUGCUAAGGUUCUUGCUGACUUCAGUUGUUCUCAGAUCAAUGUCAGAAUUCCGUUAUUUUGUGAUGAGCCAAAUCAGACCUUUCUUGUAAAAUAUAAGGGGAUUGUAAAUAUGCUUUACAGAUUUCCACUGCAAAAUAAAACUAUGAGUAGCUUUCUUUGACUAAA